AUGUAUAAAAUGGAAUAUUCUUACCUCAAUUCCUCUGCCUACGAGUCCUGUAUGGCUGGGAUGGACACCUCGAGCCUGGCUUCAGCCUAUGCGGACUUCAGUUCCUGCAGCCAGGCCAGUGGCUUCCAGUAUAACCCGAUCAGAACCACUUUUGGGGCCACGUCUGGUUGCCCGUCCCUCACGCCGGGAUCCUGCAGCCUGGGCACCCUGAGGGACCACCAGAGCAGUCCGUACGCCGCAGUUCCUUACAAACUCUUCACCGACCACGGCGGCCUCAACGAGAAACGCAAACAGAGGCGCAUCCGCACCACGUUCACCAGCGCGCAGCUCAAAGAGCUGGAGAGGGUGUUCGCCGAGACGCACUACCCGGACAUCUACACGCGGGAGGAGCUGGCGCUGAAGAUCGAUCUCACCGAGGCGCGAGUGCAGGUGUGGUUUCAGAACCGCCGCGCCAAGUUCCGCAAGCAGGAGCGGGCGGCGGCGGCCGCAGCAGCCGCGGCCAAGAACGGGUCGUCGGGCAAGAAGUCGGAUUCGUCCCGGGACGACGAUAGCAAAGAGGCCAAGAGCACCGACCCGGACAGCACGGGAGGUCCGGGUCCCAAUCCCAACCCCACGCCUAGCUGCGGGGCGAGCGGCGGAGGCGGCGGAGGCGGCCCGAGCCCGACCGGAGCUCCGGGGCCCGCGGGACCCGGGGGACCGGGAGGCGAACCCGGCAAGGGCGGAGCGGCGGCGGCGGCGGCGGCUGCGGCGGCGGCGGCUGCGGCAGCGGCGGCGGCGGCGGCGGGAGGCCUGGCUGCGGCCGGGGGACCUGGACAAGGCUGGGCUCCCGGCCCGGGGCCCAUCACGUCCAUCCCGGAUUCGCUCGGGGGUCCCUUCGCCAGCGUCUUAUCUUCGCUCCAAAGACCCAACGGUGCCAAAGCGGCCUUGGUGAAGAGUAGUAUGUUCUGA